CAAGGAAAGGAAACGGGUCCUUGAGGUUUCUAGGAGAGCUCAGGCCACAAGAGUGACAGAUAAGGUAUAUGGAGCCACUGGACACAAGUGCCAGGCCUGAGAACUCAUACUUCCGACCUGGCUUCCACACUGAGGUUUUCACGACUCUCAUCCGUGCCUGCUCGCCCCGCCCUGAGCAAGAUGAGUCACUGGGUGCUUAGCCCAGUGCAUUCAAUGUUCCUGUUGGUGCUGCUGCUGUUAGGGCCUCCACAGCCUCUAAUACGGACCCAGACCAAACCAGGCAUCUCUGGUGCUUCCACUGCACCAAGCACUCCCAGAACCCUCACCACGCCUGACACCUCCAGCACUUCAGCCACUCCUGGCAACCCCAAUUUCCCAGAACUGAGAGAUCUCGCAAGAGCCCUGAUGCAAGACUUCCCACUUGUAGACGGCCACAAUGACCUGCCUCUUGUCCUGAGGCUAUUUUACCAGAAUGGAAUACAGGGUGCUAACCUGAGAAACUUCACCCAUGGCCAGACCAGCCUGAAUAGGCUUAGGGAUGGCUUUGUGGGAGCCCAGUUCUGGUCAGCUUACGUGCCGUGCCAGACCCAGGACCGGGAUGCCCUGCGCCUCACUCUGGAGCAGAUUGACCUCAUUCGCAAUAUGUGUGCUUCUUAUUCUGAGCUGGAGCUUGUGACUUCAUCUGAAGCUCUGAACAGCACCCGGAAAUUGGCCUGCCUCAUCGGUGUGGAGGGUGGCCACUCGCUAGAUAACAGCCUCUCUGCGCUUCGAAGUUUCUACCUGCUGGGAGUCCGCUACCUGACACUCACACACACCUGCAACACACCCUGGGCAGAGAGCUCAUCCAAGGGCAUCCACUCAUUCUACAGCAGUGUCAAAGGACUGACCAGCUUUGGUGAGAAGGUGGUGGCAGAAAUGAACCGCUUGGGUAUGAUGGUUGAUUUGUCUCACGUCUCGGAUGCUGCCACGCGGCGGGCCUUGAAAGCAUCCCAGGCUCCUGUGAUCUUCUCGCACUCGGCUGCCAGGGCUGUGUGCGGAAAUGCUCGGAACGUCCCUGACGACAUCCUGCAGCUCCUGAAGGAGAAUGGUGGCAUUGUGAUGGUGACCUUCUCGGUAGGGGUGAUGGAGUGCAACCCAUUAGCCAAUGUAUCCACCGUGGCAGAUCACUUUGACCACAUCAAGGCGGUCAUCGGAGCGAAGUUCAUCGGGAUUGGUGGAGAUUAUGAUGGCACCAAGCAGUUCCCUCAGGGGCUGGAGGACGUGUCUACAUACCCAGUGCUGAUAGAGGAGCUGCUGAGACGGGGCUGGAGUCAACAGGAGCUGCAAGGCGUCCUCCGAGGAAACCUGCUCAGGGUCUUCAGAGAAGUGGAGCAGGUACGGGAGAGAAACAGUUGUCAAAGCCCUCUGGAGGACAAGAUUCCAGAGGAACAGCUGGACAGCGCUUGUCACUCAACUUUGCCACAUCAAAGUCAGAAGCAGCGUACAGAAAAGAACCAACCAGAGACCCCAGAGCAUUUUACACUGACGUCAUCACCCAAGUGGUCACAUUCAAAAUCCUCUCCACACAUAGCCCUCCCCCUCACCAUUGUUGCAACCUUUUUAGGCCUUAACAUAUGA